GCUUUUACGAGCCGAUGAUCUUAGGAAGUAACUAAGUCCACUUCUUUGUAAAAUAUUAUAAAAUUUGUGGCUUUCUUCAAAAUUUACAGCAUACAUCGCCUUUAGGAAGGAAUAUUUGAAAAAUAGGUAAUGAAGUUACCACAAAGCCUAGCGGGCUUUCUUGUCAUUAUCGGCGCAUUUAACAUCGCGUUCUGCAUCCCGAUCGAGGAACAGCCUCAUGUGCUCAAACGGACGCGAAGAGACAGCAUAGAAGAUUAUUACUGGAACGAGCACUUACCCCUUGGCUUUUUCAUCAAAGGAGCGGACACUGGCAAUGCUGGUGCCCAACAACCGCAACCGCCUGCGGCCCUCUUCGGAAGUGGGUUCGGAAACUCUGGCUCGACUCAGCCAUUCGCGAGGUCUGGCAUCCCCGGGAAACCUAAGGGUUCAGAAUUGAAAACAACGAUAACGUGCGAAGGCGAGAAGGAAUGGCUCGAGUGCGACAAAUACAAACUCAUCAACAUCAAAUCGGCAUUCUGGGGUCGCGAGGAUAGCGACACGUGCACAAACAAUGCCGUAUCACGUGGACUAAAGACGGAUGCCAUGUGCCCACAAGACGAGUCGAAUACAAUGACAAAAGUGAGAAAUCAAUGUCAAGAUGAAAACGCAUGCGAGAUAUCAGCUUCCACUAUUUUCUUCGAUAAAACGGACUGCCCUAGCACGUAUAAAUACCUCAAGUUAGAUUACGAGUGCAAACAUAGCGAAUCUAAAAUCAAGGAAUAAACUUUAUGCGUGCAUAUGUCCAGAGCCUGGGGAGAUCACGUGCCUCAAUCUUGCAAGAUUUCGUGGAAAAUCAUGAAAAACCAGAGUAAACAAGAUCCAAUACAGAUUAGGAGAUUUUUGCAAAGAAAAAUUUUGUAUAUGAUGUAGAUUCGACAGGAAAUAGAACAGAUUUGAAACAUGACUUAACCAGUUUAAUUGUAUAUAAUGAGCAUUUUAAACUUUAAGAAUACUAUAAUUAUUGUGCUACUUUUAAUAAAUAAUGAGUGUUUGCCU